CCUGUCUGUCAUACAGGAAACUGUGAGUAUUUGUUUGAUGUACCAUUACACAGGGUUGUCAGCACAAACACUGCCCCCUGUCUCUUGGCUAAAAAAUUGAGGAUCUGUACUAAAAUCACUUCUAUAUGUAUAUAUGUAUGUAUGUAUAAAUGUGUGUUUGUGUGUGCUUGUGAGCAGGGUGUCUAUCCUGGGGGACAACUACAAUUUUUCCACAACUGAUUUCACCCCAGCUGAUGUGUAUAGCUCCAUAAAAGUGUAUCUGAACAGCAGCGAUGGCAGCCCCCGCUGCUAUAACUCCUCAGAUCCUCUUCUGAACUCCACCGCCUGGUUUGCUGACAACAUCGGAUUCUUCAUCACUUUCAUUAACCUCGCUGACCUGCAGUCAUUCCUAACAGGAAACAUGACGAGUGCGUUCCUGCAGAACGCAGAAAAUCUUCAGCUGUUCAACAACUCAGGAAUUUCAGCCAGUGUCCUGGAGUACUACACAACAGAGUUAUACAUCCAGAAUCCUGACUUCAGCCCACUCGGAUUGCCAGCUGAGCUGCUGUGUCGAACUCCUUCCUCCAUGUUUGUUCACCUUGGAGAUGCAGACAUCAAGACCAUCCUGACGAGCAUCAACAACUUCUGCACAGAAAUGAAUCCAGAGGUCACAGCGGUGCUGGUAGCAAAGUUCCCCAAUGUAUCUGCAUCCACCAUCCAAUCUUUGGGCAGCCAGUGUGUGGGCCUGACUGUGGGCCAGAUAAGCUCCACCCCCUCCAGUGUGAUAAACAGUGCUCUGUCUACACUCAGUAACAUCAGUGGCUGGGACCAGGGCCAAGUGAAUGCCCUGAUCCAGAGCAUCAUUAGUGCGGGCUUUAAUAUCAGCAGUGCCUCCUCUCUGGAGUCCCUGGGAACACUCCUCGGUGGCGUUCCCUCUGCAACCAUCUCCAUCAUCCCAUCGUCUCAGCUUCUGUCUUUAUCGCAGAAUCCAGCAUUCAUCAAUAACAUUCUGUCAGCACCAGUUAUUCUGCAAAAGACAUUUGUCCAGAAGGUAAUCUCUGUAGACCAAACUGAAGUGCUACAGAAUGUUCCGGAUGCACUCGUGAUGUAUAUUCCACUUGUUCUACUGACCUCACUGAGCUCUGUUGACGUUUCACUCAUCAAUAACAAGAGCUGGAGUCACGAACAGGCUAUGAUGUUGUUUGGUGCAGUGGCCAAUGCCAGUGAUAAUCCAGAAGACCUGUCAGCAUCAAUACUGCAGGGAUUUACCUGCAGCUCACUUCAGACUCUCCCACAGCAGAAAGCCAAAGAUCUAGUCAAAGCCUGUAGACCACGUGCAGGCAGAGACAAGGUCCUCCUGAAAGAGGCUCAGCUGACCUGCAUGUACAACUACGUGAAAGACGAUCCAUUUGUUAGCUUUACUGACGUCCCCUCUGAUAUGCUUCUGUACUACAGGUGUGUAACACGUUCACGUACACAAUGUACCGUAUAUAAAAGAUAA